GAGGAGGGGAGGGGGAAACCUUCAGAGCGACGGAGAGGAAGCACAACGCUCGUGAAGAAGUGAGAGUUUAAGAGCAAGAGAUUUCACAGAAUAAGGAAUAAAAACCACACAAUCGACAUCACGGAGGAUUAUCUAACAUCUUUAACAACUUUUUUGUGUGCGUGUGAAAAAGUGAAAUCGUCGCGAUGAGGAAAUUGUGGAGACGCCUCUGCUUCCUCGUUUUAGCCUUUUCUUCAGUUUCCAGAGGACAAAAUGAAACCGCUGUUACACCAGACCUUUCCCCCCCCACUCCUCCUCCAAUGAGGUCUGAUGAAACUCAAAAUGAAUCCAGCUCCACCCUAGAGACCCCCGUCUUUAAGAACACUUCAGCGAUCACAACAGAUCUGCCUUCAACAAACGUUAUGACCAAAAAAGACCUUGGAUCGUUUAAUGGCACCACAGAAGAAGACAGCAACAGCACAACAUUGAUUGGGAUAAGCGGGGCUAGCGAAGUCACGACGACCGUUUCCAUAGAGACGGACAUUACCUCGUCAACACCAGUAACAAGUGGAGGCACAGGUCAUUCCUCCUGGGGCUAUGUGCUCCUGGUGUUAAUCAUCGUGGCGAUUAUUAUUCUGUGCGUCAUGCUCUACUUCCUCAGGAGAGUCUCCAGGACGUACUCUUUCGACCUCCAUCGUCCAAUUCCCUCAAACCAUCGCAACGACCCCAUCGGCACCUUUGAGCCCGUCUACCUGGACGACCUGGCCCCUAAAGACCAAGGAAACACUGAAGACGUUCCCCCUCCUCCUCCGGUAUCCAACGGCACAACAAUUCAGACGGAGGAACGGGAAUCCAAUGGAGAGAGCGCUCCACAGGAACCGUCAGAAGCAAACGGUUUGGAGGCUUCGCCCGGACACACCGACCUGUCGCUGAUCGGAGACCCAGAGGAAAAGACCUCCAGUCCAUCGGGAAGCACCAGCAUCUUCUUCGACACUAUAGGGGAGGAGCAGCAGAACGAAAACAACAACAACCCUUCGGUUUGCUCCAGUGACCCGUUUGUUGAAAUAAACCUGGAAGAUCAUCUCCUCACCUCCUCUGAAGCUCCUUCCUCCGUCCUGCCCUUCUCUCCUUUCUCCUUCUCCUUUUCUUCCUCUUCCUCUUAGCACAUCCAAUGAUCAGAAUCAAAAUCGUUGUAUUACCAAGUAGGUUAAGAGAUAUUAGGAAGUCACCUUGGUGUAUUUGGUGCACACAUAAACACAGUCAAAGAAGAUCAAUUGUAAGAAAAGGACCAUAAAAUAAAACAAGGAUAAAAAAACGAUUUUUACGAAAAAUAUUAUAACAUUAAAAUACAGCAAUAUUUACAUGAAAUAUAGAUGAAAUAUAGAUAUAUAUAUACCCGUAAAAAAAAAAAUAGUAAAACAAAUGUGCGCAGCAGAAGAAAGCUGUAAAGAGCUAGCUUUAGCAUUUUGUGAAGGGUACUUAAAACACACACACACACACACACACACACACACACACACACACAUUAUCCAAAUAGAAGUUAUUUUAGAGACUUUUUGUCCUCAGAUCAGUGAAAAAGCAGUUAGCUCACUUAGCAGAAACUACCGUUAGCUAGCUAAGCUAACUGGCUAAGCUAACUAGCUAGUAUGGUGACUAGGCAGUUUAUUUGCAUUGCCGUUUCAAAUGUAUUAGGAGUAUUAAAACAUAUCAAAAUAGGGUCCGCAGUGACGCGUCCUAAAACCCGGAAGUAAACUUCUUCCGGUUCCUUCGACAAAAAUGCAAUGAGAUUUCUCCAUAGGAUUUUGGAAAAUAGCUCGAAAUAAGGUCUGUGGUUGACACACAUUUAAGAGACGGAUCACGUUUUGUUCAGCCGGAUAAUCUCCACAUGUCUACCCUACUUUUAUAAUUUUCUAAUCAUAAAUCUAUCGAUUAGAUUUAUGAUUCGAAAAUAAACAGAGAGCGACAGUAACUGUAUAAUAUGACUGUUAAACAGAUAUACAUUCAUAUUUUAAAAAGCUAUUUUGUGAAGUUAUACACCUCUCUGUGUAAAAUACUAGAAAUUGAAAUCAUGUAGGACUUUUUAUUUGUAGUAUCUUCAGUAUUUUUACAUAAGAUUGGGGUUUUUUUUCUUUUCUUUUCAGAAAAUACAUUUUACUGCUGACAUUUUGCUUAAAUGAGAUGGGUUUUGGAUCAAACUGACAUACAAAUGUGUAACGUUUUGUUGUGUAGACAAACUGAUGUUGUUUUUUAAUCAUUUUGCCUUGUGUUAGUGUUUUCAGUGGCUUGUAAUUAUAUUUUGAAUAAAACAGAACUUUUUCAGGAGUUGUACAACUGAUAUUUUUCACAAUUGUUAGAUCUGUUUACAUUUUUUAAAUAAAAUUCACUCCAACGUCA